AUGUUCAGGCAUCAGCCUCUCUCCAGCGGCGGCGGCAGCGGCGAGACAUGGCCGACUGGAGCUUCCUGCCCCCGCUCCCAGAAGGAAUCCCAGCCCUCGCCAAGGACCGUGGGUGGCAGCAGCAGCAGAGGUGACCCCCAGGCCCCCGCUCGGCCUCCUCGCCCCCACAGGUAUGCCUUGUGGCUCUCGGCAGCUCCCAUGGCCUUCCUGUCCAGGUUCUACAGGGCCAGCAGCAGGUCCCCCAGCCGGGCCCCGCGGGAGGAGCGCGGGGGGCACCCCAUCCUCAGCGUGUUCGAGCUGGAGAGGCUCCUGUACACGGGCAAGACGGCCUGCAACCACGCUGAUGAGGUGUGGCCGGGGCUCUACCUGGGAGACCAAGAUAUAGCCUCCAACCGGCGGGAGCUGGCCCACCUGCGCAUCACCCACGUGCUCAACGCCUCCCACAGCAAGUGGAGGGGGGGUGCCGAGUACUACGAGGGCACUGGGAUCCGCUACCUGGGCAUCGAGGCCCACGACUCGCCCUCCUUCGACAUGAGCCCCUACUUCUACCCCGCCGCCGACUUCAUCCACCAGGCCCUGAACGAAGGGAGGAUCCUCGUGCACUGCGCCGUCGGGGUGAGCAGGUCGGCCACCUUGGUCCUCGCCUACCUCAUGAUCCGCCACCACAUGCCCCUGGUGGAAGCCAUAAAGACCGUCAAGGACCACCGCGGUAUCAUCCCCAACCGCGGCUUCCUGCGCCAGCUGGUGGCCCUGGACAAUGCCCUGAGGCUGAAGAGGAGCUCCUGAAGGAGGAGGAGGAGGAGGAGGAGCGGGAGGGAUGCUGUCUGUGGUGGGAGCAGUGCCCACCUCCUGCCUGCUGAGCUCAGACC